AUGACCACAACUUCGUUUUCCGUUAGUCAUGGGGGAAGAAACUUUGAUAUUCUGACAGAUGAAGAAAGUGAUGCCAGUAUAGUUUCAGUGAGAAGAAAAUUUGAAGACAUUCACCUCCAGAAUCCACACGUAGAUAAUGGGAAAAAUCAAGAGGAAGUAAAAUUUCAAGUGGAUGUGAUAGUACAAGAUAAUGCUAGAAAAAUUCCCCAAUGGAUUACGGUAGCACCUCAAGGUUCAUUGGAAGGUCUUCAUUUAGCUUUGCCAGUGCAAGAACUCAUUGGCAACCAAGCUGGUGUUUGCAGAGGGAAAGUAGACUUGUCAAAUAAAUGUUCUUCAUCCAGACCUCUACCGUUACAACUUUCUGGUGUUCCCAUUUCACCAAAUACAGUAACCAUACCCAGACAUCAACCUUCUCCAGAACUGAAUAAAACUUGCUAUGAUAGUGUCUUGGAAGAAUACCAGUCUGCAGAUGAGGAAUGCUCCUGGAGCAAUGUAACUCUUGCAGACUUGUAUCCAGCCAUGGUAGAGAUACUUACAAGGGUCAUGAAAAAGCAGGCUCAGAGAAAAGUGUUAAAAUACAUGUUUGGGCACCUAAGGCACAAAAGAUGGCAUUCUGGAAGACCAAAGCUCAAUGUCACUGUAGACAAAAUAAGAGGGUUCAGACCUGUUAAACUGAGGAAAGCACUACCCAGCAUAUGCAGCAGCAGAAGUGAAGACAUCCAGAAUCAAACUUUCAGAAAUGAGAACAGAGAACUUUGUGAUGAUAAGCAUGCCAUUAAUAAUUUAUCUGGUCUUGUACCUUAUUCUUACGUUGAUACAAAUGAAAUUGAAAUGGACUACUCUGACUCAAGUUUAGAACAUCAUUUGUUAUCUGGAAAAGGCCAAAAAGUCUCCAAAAAGACUUUUCCUAAUGUUAUGGCUAGAAUGGGAGAGACGUUUCUAGUGGAAGAUGAGUUACAGAGUACUGUCUCACUGAAAAAUUCAAAAUGCAAAGAAAGUGAAGAAUUGGCUUACAAAUGUUCCUCGAGAUACCCUUUUAUAACAUCUGCUGCCAGUUCAGGGUCAACAGCACUUCAUCUGGUGAAAGAGAGUAAAACUCAAAAAAUUGACUUUCCUUGUGGUGAUACCACAGAGUUGUGUUUACCUACUUGCAGUUCCUAUGGCAACAAUAACACUUUUACACCUGUCACGAACUGUUCUCCUGCAAGAACAUCAAAUACUUUGCUCAUAAAUCCUGAAAAAAGAAUUUCUGAAGGACGAAUUUCUUUCCAGUGCAAACACUCAUUUUCCUCAUUGUCUACAAAGCAGAGUCCUUCAAAGAUGCCCCAGAAAUAUGAAGAUGCAUUUGAACAACUCUACUACAAACUGCGUUUUAAAGAAAUUGAAAAGCCUUUGGCAUUGACAAGACCUCUUUCAAAUUCACAGAAUCUUGAAGAGAAAGGAAGAUUAGUGAAGAGAUCUAUGAGCAAUUGUGUAGUGAGGAUGUUCCAAAACUUCCUGGGUUUCAGAGAGCUUCAAAUUUAA